CAGUAGACUCUGUUCUUCAAACAGUAGUCAUCCAGAAGAAAAUAAAAAUCGCGUUAGUGAUAAACAUUAACUGGGUGAAAAACUUUUAGUAACUCUGUGAACUCGAGGAGUGUUAGUUGUGAAUUUUAAAUUCAUCUUCAAGGGUAUUGCCAUACCGAAUACUGAGUUGUAUUCAAUAAUGUCGGAUGGGUUUAUACCAACUCGUACACCAUUAGAAGAAAUUGCAAUGUCUUACGGUCACAAGUAUUUCCAAAAGAAUAGUGUGAGGGCUGCAACAUAUCUUGAACGUGAUUCAACCACCGAAGUCAUUGAUGUCGCUCGUCUAACACAAAGAAGCAACUCUGUUAUUCGCCGUGCAAAGAUAGCUGAUGAAAAGGGCCAUCUUUAUUGUGUUGAUAAUGCAGUAAAUGCAUCUUAUUGGAUAAGAAUAGUUACUAUUGCAAAAGACUGUCAAAGUAAUAAUGUGAUGUUAACAAAUACAGAUGAAGGUAUUAUUUUAAAGACAGUCCGCACUAUUAUGCCUGGAGAACCUCUAUUAAUGUGGUUCAAUGAAGCCAUUCUUGCGAUGAUGAACAUGCCUUUUCUGUCACUUCCAAACAUUCAGGGGAAAAACAAGUACACGUGUCAUAUCUGCAAUUGUUCAUUCGAGAGUCCAAAUCCUUUGAAAAUUCAUCUGGCUUUAAGAUGUAAUCAGCUAGACGCCAGCCAUCUUUGGAAUACUUUUGCCGAGGAAUAUCUCACUACUAUCAAAUUGGGUUAUAGGAUAGCACAACCUAUUAUGAUGAGAACAUCACCACACAUUCAUUCACCGUCGGGAACAUAUUUUUCGACUUCAACUUCGUCCAAUGAGCUCUUAUCUACUACCUCAGGAACUAUUUCACCUCACAACUCAUCAGUUGAAAUUUCGCCACUUCAAGCUCCACCAUGUUUAAUGCCAGCAAGCUCAGCAUUCAGACCUUAUGUUGCCGCAGGAUAUGUGAGUCACCCACCUCCAAUUGUUGAUCAUAAUGUUUAUCAUACACAAACUCUAGUAUCGCAAAUGAGAAAUGAUAUGGCUGAUCCUGCUCAAGUGGAAACUAUUGUGAGUAAUUUAGGUAAAUCGAACAAAGGUCAUGUUUGUUUUUAUUGUGGUAAAAUUUACUCAAGAAAAUACGGAUUGAAAAUUCAUGUUAGAACUCACACUGGUUACAAACCAUUGAAGUGCAAGUAUUGUCUUCGGCCAUUCGGUGAUCCCAGUAAUCUAAAUAAACAUGUGAGACUUCAUGCUGAAGGUGAAACACCAUAUAAAUGUGAUCUUUGUGGUAAAGUGCUUGUUCGACGGCGUGAUCUCGAGCGUCACAUGAAAUCAAGACAUCAAAGCAAUGCCGAUCAAGAAACUAGCACGUUACCCACAAAUAAUGUGUAAUUUUUUGAUUUGUAUAAAUUGUAUAGAAGAGUUUUCGUGGCGCCGCGAAAUUUUUUUUUGACUCGCAAAAUUGUUGGCACUUGGUACAAUGUACUUGCAGGGUGAUUUUUUUUCAUUAAACGGUGCGGCCGAAGGCUGCCACCGGAGAGAACCCUCUAAUUCUGUAGUCCAAAAUUAUGCCCAUGUAUAAGUCCAUAUAAAUUCAAAAUUUAAAGUAUCAAUAUCUCGAAAACUAAGUGAGAUAUGAAAAAAUUAUUCACUUUCGUCUUAUUUUGGACUGUUCUAUCGAAAUUCAUAGUCAUUUCGUGGCGCCACCGAAACUGUAGUCAUGCUAUUGUAUAAAUAUUGUAUUUUUAUAUUAAGACCUUAAUUUUAAGUUUAUUUAAACAUGAAUCAAUAACGAAAGUUUGAACAUGAGUUAUUGAGUCAAUAUAUAAUUAUUAUUUAUUAAUAUUUAUUCGUUAACCUUCAAGCGGGCGCGCG